AUGGAGGAGGGGAAGAAGGUAGAACCGUUGGGGUUUGGUUACCCGGCGCUGGUGCGGCCCGGGAGAACGCGGGUGGGAUGGGUCGGCAUUGGCGUCAUGGGCGGCGCCAUGGCCACGCGCCUCCUCGCUGCUGGGUUCACGGUGACUGCGUACGCUCGCACGUCGGUCAAGGCGGAUGCCCUGGUCGCCGCAGGCGCGAGUGUCGCUGACUCGCCCGCUUCCGUGGCUGCGGCCUCCGACGUGGUGUUCACCAUGGUGAGCGACCCCGGAGACGUCCGCGCGGUGGUGCUGGACCGCGCGUCCGGCGCCCUGGCGGGUCUCCGCCCCGGCGGCGUCCUCGUGGACUGCACGAGCUCCUCCCCUUCCCUCGCGCGGGAGAUCGCCGCGGCCGCGCGCUCCACCGGCUGUCACGCUGUCGAUGCCCCCGUCUCCGGUGGCGACGCCGGUGCCCGCGACGGCACGCUGGCCAUCCUCGCCGGGGGCGACGAGGCCGUGGUGGCCUGGCUCGCCCCGCUCUUCGCGCACCUCGGCACGCCGACCCACAUGGGCCCGCCAGGCAGCGGGCAGAGCAGCAAGAUCGCCAACCAGAUGGCGGUGGCCGGGGCGGUGGUGGGCCUCAGCGAGUCCCUGGCCUUCGCGGACGCCGCCGGGCUCGACGCGCGGCUGUUCCUCGACGCGGUGUCCAAGGGCGCGGCGGGGUCGCGCGUCAUGGACAUCUUCGGCACGCGCGCGGUGAACCGCGACUUCGCGUCGGGCCCCGGCUCCGCGCGCUACAUCAUCAAGGACCUUGGCAUGGCACUGGAGAUCGGGGAUGGCCAGGAGGAGGAGGAUGAGGCCACCGCGCUGCCCGGGGCGGCGCUGUUCCGGCAGAUGUUCUCGGCGAUGGUGGCGAACGGCGACGGUGACUUGUGCGUGCGGGGAUUGAUCACCGUCAUCGAGUGCCUCAGCGGCAUUCACAAGUAAUGCAAGACAUGUGUUCGU